CGCUAAUCCUGCUCCUCUCCAAAGCCCGGCAGUGGGGUGGGCUGGGACAGGGAGGGAUAUUGAGAGAGACAUGAGGAAGGAAGUUGGAAACGGGAGAUGAAGGAGCAAAUGCUGACUGUGGCUGAGUAGAGGGACUCGGCACUGAUUUGGACGAGAGACAUCGAGUGCUGUCCUGGCUGAUAAAGGAGGCCAGGCACACAUCCACCUCCUGAUCACCUGCAAAACUCCUGAGAUCUCUGAGGGUGUUUAACCCUCCCCCCAUCCAGGCUUCGCCCUGGAGGCCACAAACCUCAGUGAAGGCCCUGCAGAGGGGGAAUGCUGUGGCAGCUGCUCACCUCCUGCUGCACCCCCGCUUGUGUCACCUGUACUCGCUGUGGAGGAGCCGAGCUUCACCACCGUGGAACUGUGCCAAGAUGGAGAGGACAUAUGCUUGACAGCCACUGAUGGAGGUAUGGAGAUGAGUGGCCAAGAUCCAGACUGUGAAGACAUGCAAAGGAAGGAGCAACGAUUACCAUUCCAGAUCUUCCCAGACCCCGUUGAGGUGGUCCUGGGCCCAGAGACCUCUUUGAACAGCCUGGACCACGACCACGAGAAGGAGCGCCUGCCCUCCAUCGUUGUGGAACCCACCGAGGUGAGCGAGGUGGAGAGCGGAGAGCUGCGCUGGCCUCCAGAGAACAUGGACAUGGACGAAGACGAGGAGGACCUGUUCUUGGAGCAGUGCAUCCCCCCAGCCAACAUUGCAGAUUGGGGAGAGGAGGAGGAGGAGGAGGAAGAGGAGACGUCAGUUAUACUGAACCCGCAGCAAGGCUUGACACUCAUUGACCUCCAGUCAGACGCAUUUAGAGACGACACUCCUACACUUCCACCAAGCAGUGCUCCAGCCUUCAAUUGAUGUUACCUCUGAGAACUCUGAUGACCCAGUGAAGAAACAUCCUGACGUGAACUAGAGCAACAACCACAAAACAUUGCACAGAGGGAAAUGCAACAAAAUAUGUUUAAAAUGAUCCACAGCUCAAUGCCAACAGGAACAUUUAUGUUCUGAUUUAGAUCUGUGAGCACGAAUAGAGUUAUACAUGGGAACAAACACAAUCUCAGAAAACACAGAAUCCAGCCUGUUGACGUUGAAAUAAUUAAGCGACAUCUUGCUUUUUUAAAACCUUUUAGAGAACAUUUCGCUGACAUUGUGACUUUGUGUUUCAUUUCCCUUGUUAUUUCCUAAAUUGGAACAUCUUAGUGAGUUUAAAAACAGGACAUCCCUGCCACAGCAAUAACUUUGUUUUCUUUGGUUCUUCAUCUGUGUGUCUAAUACAGAAAGCGGCCUGUACCUUAAAGAACAUCUUCCUCAUCGUUUUCACCUCACAGGUGACUUUUCAGGACGUUCACCUGGUUCUACCUUCAGUAUGUAGCAGUUAUUACGUUGCUGUAAAAUGUGUUUUCUGGACCGACAUGCUGUUUUUUCUCUGACGUCACUUGAGCAUAGUAAGCUGUGAUUUAAAAUGAAGAAAAAAGAGAAACUUCCCUCUCUGGCCAAAGUCAGUGCUGACAUUUUUCGAUCUAAAUUCGUCAGUGAAGCAGCUGCGUCACACAUCACAUGUCUGUAAGAGACUGACAAAUGAUGACUAAUGUUGGCAUCUUUAACAUCAGCAUUUUAACCGCAGGAUUGCAAACAUCAUGGGCGAGAGGCAGAUUUAUUUUCUUUUUUGGAGAAGAUUGGACAUUCAGUUUGUCAUACAUGACGACACAAACGGGAAGGCAGCUCCUGUUGGUCUACAUUACAGCACCUGUAGAUGCCACUGAGAACUGUAGCGGUUUAAUAGUACUGUCGUGUGUGUAGUCUCACUUGUGAAUAACUUGUAUAUACGGAAAAGUUGUUGUGUCACAGCAAAAAGGAUUAUUAUGAACUUGACAAUAAAGUAUUUUGUCCCCCGAAUA